AUGGUGUUCGUUCUGGGCUGGAUGUGGAUGGCUUUCUUGAGCUUUGACUGGACAGAACUAAGGAGAGUUAUCGCUGUUACAGGUUCUUGCGACAUUUCUCAUUGGGAGACCUUGCUGCCAAUUGCUGUGCAUGGCCGGGAUUUCGAGACCAAUGGUUUGGAAUCAAACAAGACCCGCCAGGAUGGAAGAAUUGACGGAGGACGUGAUGAUUCCAUCGAAAAUUACCCAUGGUUAGUUUCCGUGCAAUACCGCACCGGUGACAGGAAGCAUUUCUGCGGAGGAUCUAUUCUGGACACCCGCCACGUGAUAACUUCUGCCCAGUGCUGUGGCGAACACACACUCGACGGCAUUCAGAUAAGAGCAGGCAGUAACUACACAGAUAAAAAUGGAACACUUCGCUACGUCUCCAGGAUUCGAAAGCACCCGGAUUUCGAUAUGUGA